AUGCUAAAUUCUCGCCCCAGCUCUCCCUUCCACGCUCAGCUCUCCCUUCCACGCUCAGCUCUCCCUCCCACCCUCAGCUCUCCCUUCCACGCUCAGCUCUCCCUUCCACGCUCAGCUCUCCCUUCCACGCACAGCUCUCCCUUCCACGCUCAGCUCUCCCUUCCACGCUCAGCUCUCCCUUCCACGCUCAGCUCUCCACGCCUCUCCCUUCCAACGCUCAGCUCUCCCUUCCCGCUUCUUCAGCUCUCCCUUCCACGCUCCGCUCAGCUCUCCCCUUCCAGCUCUCACGCUCAGCUCUCCUUCCACGCUCAGCUCUCCUUCCACGCUCAGCUCUCCCUUCCAGGCUCAGCUCUCCCUUUCCACGCUCAGCUCUCCUUCUUCAGCUCUCCCUUCCACGCACAGCUUCUCCUUCCAGGCUCAGCUCUCCCUCCACGCUCAGCUCUCCCGUCCACGCUCAGCUCUCCCUUCCACGCUCAGCUCUCCCUUCCACGCACAGCUCUCCCUCCCACCCUCAGCUCUCCCUUCCACGCUCAGCUCUCUCCUUCACGCUCAGCUCUCCCUUCCACCCUCAGCUCUCUUCCACGCUCAGCUCACGCUCAGCUCUCCCUUCCACGCUCAGCUCUCCCUUCCACGCUCAGCUCUCCCUUCCACGCUCAGCUCUCCCUUCCACGCUCACGCUCAGCUCUCUCCACGCCAGCUCUCCUCUCCAGCUCAGCUCUCCCUUCCACGCUCAGCUCUCCUCCACGCUCGGCUCUCCCUUCCACUCUCAGCUCUCCUUCCACGCUCUCCCUUCCACGCUCAGUCUCUCCACGCGCUCACGCUCAGCUCUCCUUCCCGCUCAGCUCUCCCUUCCACGCUCUUCAGCUCUCCCUUCCACGCUCAGUCUCCCUUCCACGCUCAGCUCUCCUUCCACGCUCAGCUCCUCCACGCUCAGCUCUCCUUCCACGCUCAGCUGCUCUCCACGCUCAGCUCUCCCUUCCACGCUCAGCUCUCCCUUCCACCUCGCUCUCUCCCUUCCACGCUCAGCUCUCCCUUCCACGCUCAGCUCACGCUUCAGCUCUCCCUUCCACGCUUCAGCAGCACGCUCAGCUCUCCCCCUUCACGCUCAGCUCUCCCUUCAGCUCUCCCUUCCACGCUCAGCUCUCCUUCCACGCUCAGCUCUCCCUUCCCACCUCACUCUCCUCCCCCUCAGCUCUCCCUUUCAGCUCUCCUUUCCACGCCUCAGCUCUCCCUUCCACGCUCAGCGCUUCUCACGCUCAGCUCUCCCUUCCACGGCUGCUCGCAUCCCUCUCCUUCCAGCUCAGCUCCCUCCACGCUUCAGCCUCCCUUCCACGCUCAGCUCCCUCCCACUCAGCUUCUCCCUUCCCGCUCAGCUCUCCCUCUCAGCUCCCUUCCACGCUCAGCUCUCCUCCCUUGCUCAGCUCUCCCUUCCACGCUCAGCUCUCCCUUCCACGCUCAGCUCUCCCUCCCACGCUCAGCACCCUCAGCUCUCCCUUCCACGCUCAGCUCUCCCUCCCACGCUCAGCUCACGCUCAGCUCUCCCUUCCACGCUCAGCUCUCCCUUCACACUCAGCUCUCCCUUCCACGCUCAGCUCUCUCUUCCCGCUCAGCUCUCCUUCCACGCUUCAGCUCUCCCUUCCACGCUCAGCUCUCCCUCCCACCUCAGCUCUCCUCACGCUCAGCUCUCGCUCUCCUCCCACGCUCAGCUCUCCCUUCACGCUCAGCUCUCCCUCCACGCUCAGCUCUCCCUUCAGUUCUCCUCCCACGCUCAGCUUCUCCUUCCACGCUCAGUCUCCCUUCCAAAGCUCUCCACGCUCUUCCGCUCCCUCCACGCUCAGCUCUCCUUCCACCCUCAGCUCUCCCUUCCACGCUCAGCUCUCCCUCCACGCUCAGCUCUCCCCUUCCACGCUCAGCUUCCCCUUCCACGCUCUCACCUCUCGCUCAGCUCUCCUUCCACCCUCAGCUCUCCACGCUCCCGCUUCAGCUCUCCCACACGCUCAGCUCUCGCUCAGCUCACGCUCGGCUCAACGGGCUCAGCUCUCACGCUCAAGCUCUCCCUUCCGCUCAGCUCUCCCUGCUCAGCUAAAGCUCAGCUCUCCUUCCACGCUCAGCUCUCACGCUGCACGCUCAGCUCUCCCUUCCACGCGAAUCAAGUCAUGUUUAGAACCCGCGUUUGCAACAGAUAAAACACUAUGUCUAUGGGACCUCUGUUUACAUUAG